GACGAUGGCGUCUUCAGAUGCAGUUCCUCCGCCACCUCACGAACCAGAACCUGAAAAUCAACUUUGUUCUCUCGUCUACGAGAUAUCACACGAAGCACAAGCGAUCAUGGAGAACAUGCUUAAGAUGAUCACUGAAAUCAAUCAAAAUUCUGUUCUAAUAGAGGAAGAGAUAGAGAAAUGUAAAGGCUCUGCUCUGGAUAAGAAACGGACUUUGGAUGAAGAGAAGAAUCAUUUCCAAAAGGCUGCUUAUGCUGUUCUUGACAUGCUCAACAGAGACUGAUAUACUCUAGCCAAAGACUUACAGUGCAUCCCGAGCUUGUUUGAUUAAACCGUCUAGAAACACAGCAUCAUAUCACAAAG